CGGAACCAUGUGCAGCGCACGGUGUUUGACACGGACGGUUAUUUCUGUUGCGCAGCAGCGUGCUCUUUCCGCUCCUUCCGCUGCCGCGCGUUUGGUUCAAUCAUGGAGGGAAACGAGGACAGACAGAGAGAGGAAGAAAGAGAUGACACGCAGAGGAAACGGCAGAAAGUGUCUAAAGUGUGGGACCAUUACACACUGAAAAGGAAAGAAAACGCUGUGCAGUGCGUUCACUGUAAGGCGGAGUUGGCGUUUCACAACAGCACGUCGUCAAUGCUGCAGCACCUUAAAAGAAAACACCCGGUCCAUGCAUUAAGUCCGCAGAGCGGACUGGCCACAACAAGGUAAUGUUCACGAUACUAAGCAGUUGCAGUUAAAACAAAUCAAUGUGAUCAAUAAUCAAGAUUAAGUCCAGUACAUAAUGUAAUUUAAUUUAUGGCGCUGUCUAAAGGCUGCUUCACAAUGUAAAUAAAAAUGUAACACUUUUAUAUAUUGAAUAAAUAUACAUUUGCUUGUCAAAUUAUGUUAGUAUCCAAGAAUUAUAUUAUUUCAGCCUAUUAAUUAAACAAGUAAAAUUAGAUCCAAAGCCUGGAAAUUAACAUUAUGACAGCAGUAAAGGCAUAAAUACAGUAAAGAGAGAUAACUAUGAAUACAAAUACUACUACUUCUACUACUACUAUUAAUAAUAAUAAUAAUAAUAAUAUAAAAAUAACCAAAACUAAAGGCUUGCUAAAAAAAAAACUAGAUAUGACUGAUAUGAGAAAAAGAGAACUGCAAGAACAAUAUAAACAGAACUAACUAAAAGUUAAAAAAAUAUUUCCACCAUCAAAUAAAUGUGCAUGGGCUAGUUGAAUUAUCUUAGUAUAUAAGUGUAUAUAUAUUUUUUAGAAAUUAAACAAGAUGAAUUAGAUCUGCAGUAUGGAAAUUAGCGUUUUCUUAGCAGCAAAGGCUGUGAAUAGACAUAAGAAUGAACUCAAUUAAUAUGAAUACAAUUAAUACAAAAAUAACCAAACUAAAAAAAACUUACUAAAAAGCAAGAUAUGGCCCAGAGAAAACAAAGAGAACUUAAGAAACAAUAUAAAUAGAACAAACUUAUAAAGUUCAAAACUAUUUACACUAUUGGAUUAAUGUGCAUUAACUAGCUGACUUAUUGUAGUAUCUGAGUAUGAUAUUUUUUUUAGUAAUUUCGCAAGAUAAGUAAAAGCCAAAUAAAAUAACCAAACUCAAAACUUUACUAAAAAAACAAGAUAAUGAUCCAGAGAAAAAAUAGAACUUCAUAAACAAUAUAAACAGAACAAACUAAAAAAAAGUUAUAAAAUGUUUACACCAUUAGACAUAUGUUAAUAUCAAUAUCAAUUGGACUCUUUUUCAGUUCUUCAAAGAACCAAACUCUGGACAGCUUUGUGCGGCGACCUCCACCGUGUUCAACCGAGCAAGCAGCUGAGUUCACCGACAGUAUUCUAAACAUGAUUGUCUCAGACAUGCGCCCGCUUUCCAUGGUGGAGGAUGAGGGAUUUCAGAAGAUGAUUUCUACUUUCAAUCCCAAGUACACACUUCCCUCAAGAACCUACUUUACAAAAUUGAUGGAGAAGAAAUAUGAAGAAAUCAAAGCCAAGUUGACGAACAUUCUUAAAAAGUGUGACAGCAUUGCUCUCACAGCUGACAUUUGGACCAGUGUUGCUACAGAGGCUUAUCUAGGGGUGACGGGUCACUUUCUUGGAGAGGAUUGGGAAGUGAAGUCCCAUAGCCUGACAACAAUGCAUCUGGAGGAGAGACACACAGCUGCAAAUAUUGCAGAGUGGCUUGAGGACGUCAUUGCCAAAUUUGACAUUCCACCGAAGAAGAUCAAAGCUGUUGUCCAUGACAACGGUGCCAACAUUGUCGCAGCGGUUAAGAUUUUGACCGAAAAUCAUUACCAUAGCAAUUAAAAGACCAUCUGCAGACCUUGCCUUCAGUAGUUUCAUGUGAACUACAUGGUAAAAUGUAAAACUUUUGGUUCCUGAUUUAUGCAGUAAAAAUAUUCAUUUGAAAGACCUGGCCUAUUUCAGUUUUGUGUGUUACUGAUGGUUUUUAAUGAGGCAAACGUGAUUCAAUGCAAAGUAUUACAGUGAGAGCAAAACAUUUCUUAACCGAUUACUCGAUUAAUCGACAGAUUAAUCGAUAGAGUACUCGAUUACUAAAAUAAUCGAUAGCUGCAGCCCUAGUUUAUAUGAAUAUAUACUCCUAUCUGAAUGGCACAUAAACUGGGUGAUACAUAUUUGCAAAAGUGCAAAUAUCUGUCACUUAAAGAGUAGAGGAAUACAUGCUGUCAACUGUUAAGCCUAGCUUACUAUCUCACUAAUGUGAGACUCAACAGUGAUGUGUCAAUAUCAGGAAAGUACUGCAUCACUGACUCUAGACUCCGGACGUGGCUUCUAUUGCUCUAAGGCACAGACAGGUUCUGUUUCCUCGAGAUAGCAGUGCACCAAAAGCGAGUGCUGAGCACAACUGUCCAACGACAAAUGCGUUGGACAGGAAAUGACAGUGACACUUGCACUGCAGGUCCAAAUGCUUUGCGCCGGGUGCGCGACGAGGCACUUCAUCUGUUAACAGCCCUUAAAAAUGAAAAUGAACUGACAAGCUCUAACCGUGCUGGGUAACAAAGGGCUGUACAGCUGGCUCAAUUUAUGGGUUCUAAGCUCUGUACUGAAUCAUCAUUACACCCUGACAUCAGUUUACAGAUGAUAAAUAUUCUUCGCCUCAUAACAGCACCUACAGAGAGUCCAAGUCCAGCCUAUUAUCUGUUAAAUAGUUCAGUUUGUCAUGAUGGGUUUUCUAAUUAGCCUUUUAGGUUCAUGCCACAGUCACACAGCACCAGCUUGUGCCAGUCGGGGUAGACUGGGGCUCCAGCUUCAAUAAUAGUUUGUGUGAAAUCAGUUCUGUAUGGUAUUGUUAAACUAUGCCGGGAAAGAGCUUCUUAAAAAUGCAGUGAAUCACUUUUCUGAACGAUGAAACCUUCACAGGAGCAUAAAAGGCUUAUCGAGGUGUCAACAGCCCACCUGUUAGCCGCAGCAAACACAGAGCAACAUGAUCCUCCCGGUGGAGUCGUGUUUGUGUCCUCUGUCACAGUAUCAACUUUGGUCUCCACUAAACCCCGAGGAAAACUGAUUUAACUCGGAUUAGGUUUGCUCUGACCAUGAUAAGCGAAACCUAAAAGAAAAUCGUCCUCAAACUGCUGCCGCUGACUUCCUGCUUUUCUUCACUAACAUUUUUGCAUUUCAUCUUUUCUCUUGGAAAUAUUUUAAGGCCUUAAAAAGCAAAUUUUUUCACUCAUCCCCUUGCUCCUAAGAAAAACGGAUUCCCUAAAGAAAACAUUAUAUGUCUUUUGAGGUUUGUGGAGAUGGGGUUAUAUUGCAAAGAGAUUUAUGUAUAUAUAUCUUUCUUCAUUUCUCCUCUAACUGCUUUAAAGUAGCCUUGGCUCAGUGAGAUAAAGGUGACGACACAUUAUGUAUGUAUACCAAUCAAUCGAACUGCAAAGUUAUGAUGUCUGAGCCCUGAGGUGUUAUAAAGUAGACCUAAAUGUGCCUUUUGGACUUUGUUGCUUACUUUGUCUUGUUUGCUCAUGAAUGUCUAAAGUUAUGCAAGAAUAAAUCAGACUUUAAGACAACUUCUCAGCACUCUAAAUAAUGUUUAUUUACAAUAUUGAGUAUAAUGUCACAAAGGACACUAAAUUAAUAUUUUAUUUAUGCGACUCAAACAACUGGUUAUGGGCAGAUGUGAUUCUGGGUUGUUUUUUAUUCAAUGCAUUAUGUAUAUCAUCUUUGCUGAAACGCUAACCUUGGCUAUCGUCUGAGAGGAUGCCUCUGGGAACGAUGGCCAACUUUUCAGGCAUUCUGGUGCAGCCAGCUGUCAGUGCUGAACAACUUCCAGCCAAGACUGCUUCUGUCGUGUGAUAUAAUAAACUCAGACUAAUAAGCAACUUGAGAGAGGCUGCCAUUUCUUCAGAUCAGGUGCAUAAAAAGUCACCCGUCUAGACAUAACUGGAAAAUAUAUACCCUGGAGAUGCACUAAGUCUGCUCGAUUGUGGCAUUAAUAAUAACUAUGAUUAUACUUAUUAAUAUUAAAAUCAUGAUUGUUUAACACAAUGACUCAUGAGUCUGCACAGAACCUUAAAACUCUUUUCAAAAAUAAAGUUGGUUUUUAAAGCUUGUCUGUUGAACUACAUAAUGUCUUGUCAGUUGAAAUACAUAAUAAUAAUUUUUACAGAUAUUGAAAAGGGCCAUGCUUCAAUUCUUAACUUCACUGAGAGCUUUGAUUUAAUCUUGAUAAAACUCACUGAACUAAAUGUCAAACUUUCACUUGUAGCAGAGUAGGAAUUUUAUAGUUUGUUAUUAAAAACUCAAGGAUCAUUACUUUUUAGUGUUAGGCUGUAGAUCAGACACAUCAUUCAGUCUUUUAAACCUACAUCUUUAUAAACAUCAAGCGUUUGGAUUAUACUUCACUAUCAUGCAGGCUGUUGUCACUGCUUAACCCAGGGGUGGGCAAUUCAUUUUUACAUGGGGCCAAAUGAGAAACCUGAACUGUGUUGGAGGGCCGAACCAACAAUAUCUUCAACUUCAAAUCAGGGGGGUUCACACAUACAGAAAAGCAAGCCUAAAUAAGCAACUACUAGUUAAAAACAAGCCCCCCCCCCCAACAGCUAGGUUUUCAAAAUAAAAGCAACACACUUGUGUAGCAUGUUGAUGAUUUGAUUGAUGGACCUCACGAAGGGCCGGGCAGGGACAUCCAGAGGGCGGGAUGUGGCCCCCGGGCCGUAAAAUCUCCAGGUCUGGCUUAACCUGGCAGUGGUAGUUCAGUAAUGCUUGUUUAUGCGCCUGACCACUAGCCUCUUUUCUGUUGGGCUCAUGCAGCCCUUUGGCUUCUGCUCUUCUCUCUGCCCUCCUCUCCCCACCUGUUUGUACUGCUGUGGCUCAACAUGGUGAAGAUGCAGCUGCCUAUAAUCAAAUCCACAACUUUUUAGAGUUCCCAAACUUUGCUACACACUGAUUUGAGCGAAAGUGAGAGCGAGCCAGCAGCAUGAUAUCACUCAGCCUCAGUUAUCAUAAAAACUUGUCACAGAAACAGAUGUAAGUGUGUUUCACUUGGACUGAACAUGAUAUUAGUAACUGUUUUUCUUUAAAACCAAAUUGAUCACCUCUGAUGUGUUGAAGUUAGUCCAGAAAUUUCAAUUCCAGAUGUUUUUUUAAAUGAUGUCAAGCAGCUGGGUUGCCUAGGUUGAUAUCUUUUACUUGCAACAGAGCCUUAGUCACAACUGCAUGCUGUUCCCUUUUUAUAGACAGAUAUAAACUGUUGUUAAUCGACCACAGGGGCUGGGAUGUUACUCCACCUGCUUUUGUUUCCCACAUGAAUAGUCUGCUUGCAUGCUGCAAAGCCUGCUGAUACACUAUUAGUCACUAAUCAAAUGCAAUAGACAAACGAUGUCUGAUUCACAUUUAAAUCAGCAGUUUUAUUCAUAAAACAUAUUGUCUCAUUUAAAUAAAAGUUCUCUAAUUCUCAUUUACACUUUGCCAUUAAAAUGGAACCCGCAGUAUUUUGCCUCUUCUGUCAAAUUUACAUAAAAUUACCUGUAGUGUGUUGUCUGAGAUAAUUUUAAUUAUCCAUUUGACCUUUAUCAAAUUUAAAUGUCUAACAUCCCUUUGACAGUCGGCCUCACUAUUUUCCAUUAAAUCCAUUACUUAUUUUGCAUUAUGAUUUUUUCUAUUAGGAACUAUGAAUGGAGAGAGGUGAGAGACUGACAGACAGGCAGAGAGAGAGAGAGAGAGAGAGAGAACAAUGCAGCAUUUGUGGGAGCCCAUCGUGUUUCCCGAAACCUUGAUAAAGUGCGAGUCUUGGCGUUUGGAUACAGCCGUUAAUUAGCUCUCCCUCCCUCGUGGGGUCUGCCUGAUUGAGCGACUAAUGGUUUGCUUUAAAGUGCUGAAUGAACAAAUGCGAGCGAGCCUGUAUCAACUGAGUGUGUGCAUGUGUUUCAAAGUGCUUUUUUUUUUUCGUACAGCUUAUUUCCUAAUGUGUGCAUGUGUGUGCAGAUUUGCGUGCUGAUUAGAGUGUCUGUCUGCGCGAGCGCGGAGUCUGUAGCAACCGUGCAUGUGUCAGCGUUUCUACACACUUGACUAAUACCGCUUGUGAUGGCGGAGGAUUGGCACGGUGCACCUUGAUUGGAACAGACCUAUGUUUUCAUUUAAUUGCUUUGAAUUGGAUUAGUUGUGAGUUUUCAGGGGUGGAGAUGGGCUUGACUCGCUCCUCUAAUCAUGGGCAAACAUCCUCAGUGAUUAAAACUUUAAAUCUGUGCCAAUGGUGGUACGAGCACAGCUGCGUUGUCAGUGUUGUCGGUUGCAUUCUUGAACUUUGCACUUUUUUUGACCUGCGUUUGAUCUGAUUUAAUUACAGUCCUGAAUGUGUUUGUCAUAUUAUUUCACAAUGGCUCUCACCUCUCACUGCCUCUCUUAGUAAAAUCAUCUGAAGUAUAUCAGGUGUCCUCUCGAUGAACUCUGCGCUACUUCAAAGAUGUCAGGACAUUACCUUCAGUCAAGUCCCCGAACACUAUUACCUCUGACUAAUCGCAUAAUACUUCCUGUCAUCUCAAAGGGAUUAUUAAGGAGAGAUCUUUUAUAGUGUUAAUGAAAUGAAUAUUUGCUUUUAGUAUGUGCCCAAUUGUGCCCUAUGUGGAUGAGCACUUGAAAGAGUAACCAAUUGUAAUCUGUUGAAUCAUUUAGGGAAAUUUCAACUGAAUUUUUCACGUCACUUUUUGGGUCUUUUUCAACAUUAUGACAGAGAGUAAAGUCUAGACCUCUUUGUAACCUCCAGCACACCCACAGUAAUUUAUAAUAAAUCCGUUUCUGUCACAGAUCUACAAACUGUAACAGAGAGGUCUUUCACUAUGUGUGAACUGAUGCAUCAGAGGAUUUGGCACAGAGGGAAAGUGGAUGUUGGGCAUUAGAGAAACAAACACCAACUCUGUUCCCUAGAGAAUACAUAAAACCCAGUCAGCUGUCCUACCAUAACCUUAGAUAAAUAAAGUCUCUCCUACCUUUUAGGGUUCUCAGGUGAGGGGCUCGCCAGAUUGAGAUCAGCAGGUUUCAGCCAAACAGGUGUCCAGUUAAUGUGUCUUUUAACUCAUGAAAUCCAAACACCUGGCCUUGAUAACAAAGCAGAGAGCUCAAUUAGGGUGAGGGUUUGAUUUAAAUGAAUGAGUUUAUAUCCAUGAAUACUCUUCAAAAAUCCAUAUUCAAUACUGUAAUAUCAGUCCCAUUAUUUUCUAGCACACAGCCUAAGCAUCAAAACCAUAAAUAUUUAAAAUAAUAACUAGAUGGCUUACACACGCUGUUAGCCAAUGGAGACCAACGUCCGCACAUGGUGGCUAUCUUACUUCAAGCAGCCCGCCCACUCAUAACAUUACAGUCUACGGUGCAUGUAGCAUUUAAAUAACCAUACAUUGCUUUAUUUUAAACCUAUUUUCAAAUGGAUUGGUUCGUAACAAAACUCAGAGUCUUAGUUACGUUCCUGCAUACUCAAGAAUAAUUUUAACCAUGGAUUGUCAUAUUAAACAUUAAGCAGAUAGGUAGAGAAAUAACUAUAGGCCUACACACUGAUGUAAAAUUGCUGGGUCAACUUUGCAAUAUCUACUUGGUCUCAAUCACAGUGAGUCUGUUAGCCAAGCUGAGAACACAAGCACAUCCACAAAGGCUGUCACUUGGACAAAAUAAAUACGCUAUCAUACAAGAAAUCAAAAUCUCGAUCGUGGUCUCAGCCUUGACAACUCGCGCUAAGCGACUCAAAGUUAGCCCAUGCGCGCAAACAGCCGUGCUGCACGAUAAUGUCUUUUUUUUUCUCAAAGAAAAGCUGCUAUUUCAAUAUGUCCAAGCAUCCCGACUAAUAGCCAUGUUAUAAAGGUCUGUAAUAAAAAAAAAACGUUUGAAAAUCUAUCAAGAUUUCAGUGAGUUAAGAGUAUUUUGGAUCAUGCAGAUUACUUAGCUACCUUAAAGUGUACCGGAAUGGUAUACCGGAGUAAGAUGGCCGCCGUGUAUGGACGCCGGUGACUCUGCCUCGAGUUAUCUAGCCUUUCUUAUGAUCAAAACGCGCUCACAGCUGGCUUUACCAAGCAUAUUAUUUUUUUACAGUGCAUUACUGUAUGCAGACACAUCUUUCCCUUGUCAACACUACUCUAAUACGCAGUAGCAGGAAGUAAAGAGGUAACGCUAAGUCCACCGCCAAAGCCACGCCAUCACGUACGCACGCACGUUCCGGCUACAAAACGUCAAAGCGAUCCGACGCACUUCACUCUAACAGGCUAGCAAGCUACUAGCUAGGCUAGCAUUGCUGUCCGUUUGACAAACAUUACCAGUAAGUCUCUGAUAAAGUACACUCACCGAAGGCAUCGUUUGAAAGGACAGAGCUCACAGUAACUCGACGCCAGGAGAAGAAAAAUUGACUGAAACAUCUUUUUCGUGAAGGUAAAUUCCGUCAUCUACCGCGACUCCUCUCAAUGCAGUCUCAGGGGGGAGUGGGCGGGACUAAAGUUUAGAUUGUUACCGUCAAAUAAGAUUGACGGAUGACAUUAAGAUUGACAGAUGAUUUGACCAAUCGGUGUUUUCUUACUACACUUACUGACAUAUUCUUCUUUACAUUUUUCUCCUGUCAACAUGAUUGACACAUGUUUUCAAUAUCAUAUUUUUGUAACAAUUUGGUCAUCAUUUAUGUCACUUUAUCAUGUCAUUUUUAAGCUCUGAAUAUUUAAAGAGGAGUGAUUCUUGUGAAAAGAAAACUAACAAACAGGGAAAUGUCUUCAGAAAACAUCUGUUAUGAUUCAAUGCCAUAUACAUAAAGAUAGAUUUUAUUGUAAGAGUGCACCAUAUCUAGGGUGUGUAAUACUGUGUUUAUAAAAUCUGAGACUUUUGUGAACCUUUAAAUAAUAGGAAGGAAGAAAUUCACUCCAAAUCCACCUCACACCACAGGAUAAUCUUGCAAGAUGAUUCGAAGAACCAUUCAAUAACCAGAGCUUUUGCUGACUUUUGUUGGAAAGAGAAAUCUGGCCCAAAAUCGGCACAAUUAUCUCACAGUGUGCCCUCCUUUAUCUGUAUGCAGCACACUUCUAACUAUCCCUGAAAUAUAAUUGGAAACAGAUGUGCUUUAUAAAUCCUAUUUGAGUGUGUGUGCACGCAGGCUUUACUCCACCCCUGCUCAAUUCAGGGCCACAGGUUGGCCAUGCAAGCCAAAAAGGCCUGGGCAUGCCUCUGGGGCUGCAUAACAUCCCCCUUGUACUGCAGCUUUUGAGUUUCUGUGAGUGUGUGGCUGUUGUGUGAGUGUUAGAGGAUGGAAUAAGAUUUGGAUCAUUCAGUUUGAGCGUUGUAUUUAUCAGUUUGAAGGUUUAUUACGGUUAAACAAAAGCUGUUUUUGCGGCAGCAUGAUGGUCGUCAUAGAUAACUCGAAGUUUCAUUACGCAUUGGGAGGAAUUUCAAACAUUUUCAAAUCACAAAGGGACAUCUCAUGACUUCAAAACUCAUGGAGCUGACUGUAUUAAUAUUUUUACAACCUCAGUUUUCUUCUUAGUCUCUUCUCCCAUUAAACUGUCCUCCACUUUGUAAAAGGGAUGACAGGAGCUGAUGUGAUUGGAGGUUAUUACACCCCGCUCUGACUCCACAUGCCCAAACUGAAUUUCUCCUCUUAAUAAUCAGUCCCUCCUCUUCCUCACAUCACUGCUCCUGGAACUGUGCAAGACUGUCUGCUCUCCAGGAAUUAUUUGGUCACAGUCAUACGCACCAGCUCUCAUGCUGAAUUUGAGGAAAAGUCGAUGCCUCUGAGUCCUCGGGUUCACUGUAAAAAAGAAGCACUUUGCAGCUCUUUGGGCCACAAAGAGCUCCUCUGUAAUAGGGAGAGGAAGACUUCACUCUAAACUUCUCUCUGCCUCUCUUUCUCCCUGUCUCUUAACCUGCCUUACACUCUCGAACUGCCCCACUUAACCUCUCUUUACACGUCUCUCUUAACACCUCUCAGCGUCUCUAUUAGCCCUGUUCUCACUGCUACCUCUUUGUCUCUCUCUUUCAACCCUCUGUGCUUCUCUCUUUCCUUUCUUCCGACUCAUCACACAAGCGUUGAAACAAAAAGGCUUUGCUGAUACUGAAGGCUCGGCAGCAAAACCGGGCAUUUGGUCUCUGUCCUCUGGGCUUUUCAGUCCGUCUCAAUUUAUCCAUCUCUCCAUCUCGCUCUGAGCUUCUAGAAAAUCAUUUUUUAAAAUCUCGUCUAACAGGGACUUACAUCUGGUGUCUAUAACCCUGCUCUGUCCUCACGUACACCACCAUCAUUGUCUGAAUCCCCUGCCUUAUGCCUGUUUCACCUUCCCAACAUACUCUCACCAUCAAACACAACUGUUCACGCUUUACCUCUGGGUUCAGCUGUUUUAUUCAAUUAUUUCCUGACCGUUUUCAUCGCCUCUUCCUUAGUACUUCUUUCCUUUCCUGCCAUCUGCGGCCUCGCUCUCCUCCCUCUCCUCUGUUGCCCUGUUAUUUUCUUUGGUAUAUGUGGCUGUUUGCACAGGACUGUGAUCUGCUGGUGGACACUUCCAGAGAAAGUUGUGCAAAUGUGUAAAUUAUAGGGUUACUUUGCUUGUUUUACAAGUUAACUCUACCGGCUAAGAACAAGGUGUUCUGUUCAGCCUGUGAAAGAGCAUGAAUUAUAGCUAGCCUAAUUACUAAUUCGAGUUUAAAUCAACUACAGGGAGUUUUUAACCAGUCAUGAGAUGGAGUACGAGACCACCAGAAGUGAGACUAAUAAUUUCUGUUUAAUCAUUUUAAAUCCCUGCUGCUGGGUAGGUCUCACACAGUGAUAUUCAUGGUAAAUAAUAAAAGAAAGGUUCCGAAAAAGUUGGAACGCUGUGUGAAAUGUUCAUAAAAACAGAGUUUAAUGGUUUGCAAAUCAUUUAAAUCUUAUAUUUCAUUUAAACUAGCACCAAGAAAACAAAUUAGAUUGUGAAACUGACAAUUUUCACUGAUGUAUGAAUAUUUUGAAUUUGAUGCAAGCAAUAUAUUUCAAAGAAGUUAAGAAGGGGAUGAGAAAAUGUUGAAAAAUGUUGUUUUAUAAUGCUAAAAUAAACCCCUAGAGGAAUAUCUGUCAUCUAAUUAGGUUGAUUUGCAACAGGGUAAUAACUGGGAAAUAAAAUGAGCAUUGCAGAGAGGCUGAGUUUCACUGAGGGUUAGAUAUGUAGAGGUUCACUCCUCUGUGAGACGCUGCACAAACAAAUAACUCAACAAGAAUUUGGGAAUUUCAUCAAUUACAGAAAUAAAUAUCAUUCUAGUAUUCAGAGAAUUUUGAGAAAUCUGUGCACAAAUGGGACAAGGCUGAAUACCAACACUAGUGGUCAUUCUCAGACAGCACUGAAUCAAAAACAGACAUAACUCUGUAGUGGGAUUCACUGCAUGGAGUUGAUUGGGCUUGUCUUUGCACCGUACAAAGACACCUGUAAGAGUUUUUAGAUCAGGAAACAUGACUUUUACAAGAAAGGGAUUUGACACAGUUAUACUACUUUGUCCAUAGGGGGCGCAAAAAUCCACAAACACUAAAAGUUCCCCACAAAAACUUCAAAACUCCUGUGAGGACUUUUUGACUGGUGAGGAAACAGACUUUAGUUUGAUGCCUUUACAACUAUAAAAGCAGUAAAAUCACCAAAGAGAUAGAAUAUCUCUACAUUGUACUUUUUAAUCCCUGUUAUCUCUCUGAGGGCAGAGGUGUCUGAGAAAAUGUACAGCACGCUGAUUUACUUUGUCCACAGAAAAUAUUUCAAGAUAGUGACAAAUUCUUUGAGAUUCUUUGACAGAAGAUAUUACCUUGACAUGUACAGGAUGAGAUCACAAAGCUUUAAGAUGUACAGAAACAGAAAGUUCUUCACAAAAGCAGUAGAUAACUCCAAAUCAAAAAAGUUUCCAGCAGACUGUAUCUAACUUGAUGUUAUUCACCUAAAGCAGAUUUCAAUACCAGUUGAGCACAAAGCAGAAACCACCUAAGAAUAAAGCCACUGCAGAGGUGCAAACCGCUGUGGUCACUUUGGUGUCCCAUUGAAGCUGCGCAAAAGCCAACAAAUUCCAAUGAGAUCUAGUGUUAAAACUGCUUAUUUGUACAGCAACAUUUCACAUGUUAAAGGGAUAUUCACCAAGUUAGACACCCCAUUGAAAGAUGAAUGUUGCCGACCGCUUACUUCUCUAGUUAUACCAACUUUAGUAAUGACAUAAAUGUUCUUGUUCAAGGUGCUGUUGUGAGCAUUGUUUGUGGCUACAGAGUGGCUUUUUGGUUGAGCGUGGCUCUCUGUAUUGGUACCUGAGGUCGUUACUAAAGUUGGCUUAACUAGAGAAGCAAGCAGUCAGCAAAAUUCAUCUCUUGAGGGGGUGUCUAAUUCAGUGUUACAGUGUGUUUGGUCCUAACUUAAUUUUACGCUGGAAUAUCCCUUUAGCAGCCGGGUUGAAACUAAAGUUUUUAGCAUUUUAGGAGAGUUUAAAGGAUAAGAGUUAUGCAUAAAUGAGCAUCUCCAGCUUCCUCCAUCCAGAGCCUUAACUCAAGAUGACAUAACUCUGUAUGUAAACCUACUGUUUGUCAAUUAUUAGCUUGAGUUAGCAUUUCCAUAAUGGCUGCCAACUCCAUAAGACUUAAGAAUCAGUUUGCAGAAACCAAGGGGUGGCGUCACUUCGACUGAGCCCAUGGAUUACUUCAAAGACAGUUUACUGGCAGAAAGCGGUGAUAUUGUAGCCCCAUUCAUAUAUGCAUAUUACAUCAAAAUGCUGUGUUCAAAUCCGAGGACAUAAAGAGCAACUAUUGAGCUGAGUUUCUUCAGUUGUUUUUUCGUCACUUUCGGUGCAACACCAAUACUAUCCUGAUAUGCAUCUGUUUGCAAAUGGAUUGUUUUAAAAGCAUGGCAUAUGGGUGCAAAUUUCUGCAUAACACAAAGGAAAGACUGUUUUGUUUUCAGUGUUGCCUCUCUCAUGAUGUUUUUGAUGCUUUGGUUAUUGUAGGACCAACAACCUGGUGUUUAAAUGUGUCAUUGUUAAUUCUUUCAGGGUGGAUUUGCUUAUUCACGUUUUGUGAAGGGUCAGAUGGAGAGAUUGAUGGCACACUCAUAUCCGCGCAUUAAAAAUAAAGCAGGAUUCUGGGAAAAUGAAGAGCUUCUAUGAUUGUUUGUGACAGACAGAAAAUGCAUUCAUCACUUCACAGCUUUUCUCUCUGUUGUAUAAUGACUCUGUGUAGUAAAAAACUGCUUUCGUGCCAGUUUUUGUAACCCACACAAAAAAUACAAAUGUUUGGCCAUCAAGAUGCAUGAUGAAAAGUGUGGGAUCCAACUUUUAUCAAGGCUUAAACCGGCGAUCAUCAGGAUCAGGAUAAAUAGGCCUCUGCUGCAUCAUAUUUAAUAAUUUCUUUCAUAACUUUGACUCUCAAAUGUCCCCGACUCUGAACUUUGAAUUUAAUUUGUUUUCUGAAGAAUAACAAACGCUUCAUGCAAAACCAUGCAUUUACAGAUAAAGAAGUUUGGAGCAUGCUUUAUUGUUUUGCUCUGUGGUUAAACAUGUUAUUCCACUGCUGUAACCACAUAUAAGGAUCUGUGGUUGCAGAAACAUCCUUAAUAUAAUUACUUUAAUAGGAAUACUACAUCAUUUACUCAGUAGUUGUUCUGUCAAGUACUCUUGUGCUUACUUUUAUGACAGUCUGGGAUCACAUUGCUCUGGUCAUACACACCAGGACAUUCAUGCUGCCCUGCUACCCUUCAGAAAAUCUAAUUAUUUUCCUUCCUUUCGUACUAUCAAUCAUUUUGUGAGAGCGGCUGUCACUUUUUUUUAUCCCUAACGUUGGACAUCUUAUUUGAAAUGAAACCCAUCACUGCCUUUCACCACAGAUGGCCUUAUCAUUCCUUUUCUUCCCCCUCUUGUUUAUUUUUACUUUUUCCUCUUCCUCUCUGUCCACUCAGGGCCCCGGGGCCCCUCCACCGGCCUGUCAGGCAUCCAGAACCCGACGUGUCAGUCAGGGCUGAGUCAGCCUGCCACUCAGUCCAUCAGCGAGUCAGCCGCUCUUCCCUUCUGCUUCAAAUCUGUGGAGGUAAACAUUAGCAGGGGGUGCAUGGAAAAACAUUUCCCUUUUAGCCACCGCUCACAAAUGAGGAUAUUAGUAUUCCACACAGCGAGGCACUUUCCAGCACUCUCUAAUCGCUCGGUAUCGCAGCAGCUUCCAACCAUUGCAGAAAAUCAAUGA